CAAACUAUUCCAAACCGCGUGUUUUUACGUUCUGCUAAAAUAGGUUGACUUUGGAGUUUGUAGUCAGCUUUAUUUUGCAGAUACACGUGUCAGACAGAUGCCUGAUACUGAAAUAUUUUCUUCUGGCCUCAUUUUGUCUCAUUCCUGAGCAACUGUAUGUGAAAGUGAAACUAAACUGAGCCCGGAUUUGCAGGGGAAAACCAUAAACCGUCUUUAGUCCGAGCGAUAACAGCAAAGGAGAGCAGCUGGACAGCAAUUCAGACACAAACAAUCAUGACGAACUUUUCUACGAUUUAUAAACUGUCCUUGGUGGCCCUCACCUGCUUCUUCCAAGUUCUGCUGGUUGAAGCUUCGACCGGCAGCUGUCCAGUGUUGGAGUGCUGGUUUGUGCAGGAGAAGGCGGGUCGAGGAGGAGGUUUGACUGGAGCUACGACUCAGGAAAAAUCCCUGCUUCACAUCCAAACGGAUGCACAGAGCCACGAUGCAGCGUCCCAGAAAACUCCAGCCGACAUCAACCCUGACAGAGUCUACUUUGUUACCGACCCGGCUGCUACUCUGUGCCACCACUCUCUCAACCCUCCCAGAGGCUCCAUCAAGAAGCCCCAGUGUGAGAUCAACCCCUUCCUGCCGCAGCCCUCCACCCUCACAUGGGUAGCUUCCCUCACAGACUCUGCCCUCAGCCCCAUAUACCUGGAAGCUGAAUGGUUUUCAUCCGCCUUUCAGGGCCUCAAUGAACAGCUGGGCAUUUCCACUAUCACACGUGCUCCCACAGGCAGUAAAGAACACAAUGUGAUCCUGAGUGUUACCAGUAAAACGCUCUCGGUUAAGUCCAGACUGGGGGAACCUGUGCUGCUGGACUGCGGUUUCUGGACCGACCCUUCCUCGCCUCUGUCCGGGUCUGGCUUUGCCGUCGAGUGGCGCUACCAGUUCAGAGGCAACGGGCGAGUCGUUGUGGCUUACGACGGCAAGAGAGACCGCCUGGCUGAUACUCAAGAGGAAGGGGCCACGCUGGACUUUGAGGGUUUGCACGAGAAAGGAAACGCAUCCCUGAUCCUGCAGGAGGCUAAAGUGCGUCACUCCGGGACGUAUAUCUGCUCAGUGUAUCUGCCGUACCUCCUGGCUCAGGUGGCGUUGGACCUUGAGAUUGUAGAACCUCCAUCCCUGUCCAUCCACCCCUCCCCUCUGCCUCUCGCUGUUCCAGGUCAGACUUUGAACAUCCUGUGUGAAGCGUCCGGCUUCGCCCCGCUCUCCCUGGACCUGAGCUGGGAGUUUAAAGGUGCUGACGGGAAGUCCAGACCCUUGGGAUCAGGCAGCGUAACGGGCCACAGGCAGACCUGGGACGGCACCUACAGCCAGAGCACCCGGCUGGAACUCGACACGUCUAAGCUGGACCUGGGCACAGGAGGGGAGAUCACCUGCAUGGCUGUCCAUCCAGGAGGCACCCGACGAGCCAGUGCAACCCUCAACGUCAUCGGAUUCAGUACUCCCUCCAUUGAGGACUCAAUGGCGAUGGUCGGUGUGGCACUAGUGCUUUAUGGGCUUAUCAAGUUUGUCUCAUGGACCUUCAGCAGCUCAGGCUCAGAUGAGACAGAUCAACAAGAUAAGAAAGAGAAGUAAAGAUGAAAGAAGACACCUGACUGGAAGAGGGAUAAUGACCCACUAAACCUGUUUCAUAUCUCGGAUGGGAAUUGUAGAGUGGCUGCCCAGAUAUUUAUGCAGAUCAUUAUAUCUCUUUUUUUAUAAUCUUAAUAAACUUUACAUUCUUUUUCACAGAAGCUAAAAUUCCGAGUCAGCUUAAAGUCAGCUAAAUUCUGGGUCAGCUUGUAUUUUCAGGCUUUUUUAAUUUUGCAAUAGACAUGUUGUUGUGUCAGGAGUGAAGACUUUUUUUCUCUAAAGGUUUUCUGCUUUGUGUAAAUAUGUGUGUUGUAAUAAUUCUUUAUUUUUUUCUCUUUCAAGUGAUCUAGCUUUUUACCAUAUUGGCCUCCCUCUGUUUGCCUGCUAUAUGUCAUCACAAACACUGGAAAAAUGCCAGAAACUGAGAAGAAAAUAUAAUAUGAGGAAAUACCGGCUACAAUUUGGAAAUAAAAUGCUCAAUGCUGUUUAUAUUCCAGUAACUUUAACUUUCUGAGGGACCAGAGCUGAGUCCGUAUGUGUUAUUUUAAUAAGGACAGUAAAAUUUAUAUUUGACUAAAAUGUCCAAACCCACACGCUCAGUCAUAUUUUUGUAAAUACUGAUAAUCUAAUGUAUGUACAACACAUAUAUUGUCACAUUGUUGCUACAUGUUUGUUUGUCUUUAUUGCCCAAUGCUCUGAAUAAUGCCCAGCAUGAAACUUAACAAGUGAAGGAAAUGGUACAACCAGAGCAGAUAACCGUGCUGCAGGGAAUAUUCACAGCUUGCAUCAGAAUUAACUGAAUUCGGUAUUUAAAGUGGAAUAAAAACAUCUUUUGAAACAUGCUA